AUGGCUCUAAGGCUCAGUUCACAACGGUCAAGCGCACUGUCAGCACAGGGUGAAGUUGCGGCAGACGCGUCCCGAUAUGCUCACAGAACUUCGUCUUCAGCGCGCAACAGAGACUACGAUAGGUAUCCCGGGGAGGAGGACUUUUCGACAACCAACGGAUAUGUCGGCGGAGAUGAUAUUCCAGGGCAUCAUCCAAAUUUACCUUCGUUCACCGAGCUUUUCGGUGAGCUUGUCCAGGAACACACACAGGCUCCUAUUCCGAUUCCCAACCACGAUGACGACGACGAAGACAUGAACAGUACAAACGGAGGAAGUGGCUAUGCAGAAAGCUUUAUGGACACACACUCCCUGACCUCGAGCAUUCUCGAUUAUCAGUAUGAGAAUGGACGACGGUAUCCAAGUAACCGAACGGGAGAUUAUAUGAUGCCCAAUGAUGAAGUCGAACAAGAACGCCUAGAUUUGGUGCACCAUAUAUACCUGAUGUUGAUGAAAGGAAAGCUCUUCAAUGCGCCAGUAGAAAAUCCCCAGAAAGUACUGGAUCUAGGGACGGGGACAGGAAACUGGGCGAUCGAUUUCGCGGACGAGUUCCCCGGCACACAUAUUGUCGGCAACGAUAUCAGCCCCAUCCAGCCCUCAUGGACACCCCCGAACGUCGACUUCUUCGUAGAUGACUUCGAAAGUGACUGGCUAGAGAAACUAGAUACUUACGAUUUCGUGCACUCCCGAAACCUUGCAGGAUGCGUCAUGGACUGGCCUCGCCUUGUCCGACAAGCUUACACACACCUCAGGCCGGGCGGAUACAUCGAACUCCAGGAAAGCGCCGUAUGGGGCUGGAGCGACGACGGCUCUCUCACUGAUGGCUCGCCUAUCAUGCAAUACCUGGUGGCACUCGACGAUGCCGGGCAAAGGAUAGGCAGAGAGCUAAACAUCUACCAACACUUGACACGAUGGCUGAUUGACUGUGGCUUCGAGGAUGUGCACGAGGCGACGUAUUUUCUUCCGUUCUCGCCGUGGCCCGAGGACCCUAAUUUGAAGGAAAUCGGCAAAGUACAGGCGGUUAUGGUUCAGGAUGCCAUCGAGGCUUAUGGGCUGCGAUUGUGUACGCAGGUCCUGAGCUGGAGUCCGGACCAGACCAAGAUCUUGCAGGGGCUGGUGAGGGAGCAGCUGAAGAACCCGAGAUUGCAUUCGUAUACAAAGAUUACCUUGCCAGCAGUGUCCGAUCCAGGCGAAUACGUCGCAGGCCUACAUCGCGCUACAAAAGCCGACACGGAACACGAUUUACAUAUGCAAGUGGAGCGCUUUGCCAAGAGUUGUGCAUCUCGCGUGAAACUGUUUAAUGUGAUCAAUAUCCUGGACCGUGACGGUAGCCCGUUCACGACACAUCGGCAUGCAGCACGCCAGAACCCUGCGCGCAUAGUUUGGCUUAAGUGA